ACUGUGGUAAAACAUAUUCAUGCAAUCCUGCUACAGGUGGAACUACUAACUUGAAUGCACACAUGAAAAAGUGCAAGGCUUAUUUGGAUCAUGUUGAAUCUGGUUCUCAGAAAUCCGAUUAAACCGAACCGAACCGAAAUACAAACCGAAUCGAAUACAAACCAAACCGAAUAUAAACCGAACCGAAAUCGAUCCAAACCAAACUAACUAUGGUUUACUUCAGCUGGAAAAAUUCUAGAACCAAACUAACCAAACCGAGCUGAACUCGAACCGAACCGAUAAAAUAACCGAAGUGCCCGCUAAUAUAACAUCUUAUAAAAAUGAUUAAAGUAGAAGGAUCACUUCAUACUUACUCGACUUAUUAUAAAAGAUAGAAUAUAUUUUGAACGUUACGUACGGAGGCUUCUAAAUUACUUGGAAACCAAACAACUCGUUUUUCAAAUACCGUAGAGAAAUUGACGGCGACGCGCGCCGUUUGCUUCAUAUUAUGAUUCCUUAAACCACAAUGAAGCUUUUUUCUCUUUAUCCAAAACCUUAAAACAUAUGUAUAUACACACACGUGCACACUUAUAGAUUCAUCAAAAACAAUCUUUCACCGGAAAUUAAUACGUUCUUAAGCUUUUAUAUCAUUCCAAUAAAAACAAACACAAAUGGCAUCGUCUCUAAGCUUGGUUCACAUCUUUACCAUCCUUGUAACGAUAAUCAUGUCCCGUUUUGCUCAGUUUGACGCAAGAACAAGUCUUAACGUUCUGACUUUCGGGGCACAACCAAACGGAGUUGUUGAUUCGACAAAAGCCUUUUCGGAUGCAUGGGACUCAGCGUGUCGAGUGGAAGACUCGGCCAUGAUUUACGUGCCAAAAGGAAGGUAUUUGAUCGGUCGGGAGCUUCGAUUUGAAGGAGAAAGUUGCAAAAGCCGUGAGAUAACCCUAAGGAUCGAUGGAACUUUGAUUGGUCCUCAAGAUUAUAGGUUGCUUGGGAAAGAACAAAAUUGGUUCAGUUUUGUUGGUGUUCACAAUGUUACUGUUCUUGGAGGUUCUUUUGAUGCUAAGGGAUAUACACUGUGGAGUUGCAAGGCCAAUGGUCAAAACUGCCCUGAAGGUGCAACGACAAUAAGAUUCAUGGACUCGUACAACGUGAAGAUCAAAGGAGUAUUGUCAUUGAACAGCCAGUUGUUCCACAUAGCAAUCAACCGUUGCAACAAUGUAAAGAUUGAAGAUAUCCGUAUCAUAGCACCAGAUGAUAGCCCCAACACCGACGGAAUUCACAUUCAGAAAUCGACUGACAUCGAGGUAAGAAAUGCUUCUAUCAAAACUGGAGACGACUGUAUCUCGAUCGGACCCGGUACAAAGAACUUGAUGGUAGAUGGAAUCACCUGUGGUCCUGGCCAUGGAAUCAGCAUUGGUAGCUUAGCGAAGGACCUAGAGGAGGAAGGCGUGGUAAACGUGACAGUGAAGAAGGCAGUGUUCGUACGAACGGACAAUGGGAUAAGGAUAAAGUCGUGGCCACGUCAUAGCAAAGGAUUCGUGGAGAGGGUUCGGUUCUUAGGGGCUCUUUUGGUCAACGUCUCCUAUCCUAUCCUCAUCGACCAGAACUAUUGCCCUGGCGAUUCUUAUUGCCCUACUGAGGAGUCGGGAAUCAAAAUAAAUGAUGUAAUAUACAGUGGAAUCAUGGGAACAUCGGCCACAAAAGUUGCUAUAAAGAUGGAUUGCAGCGAGCGAUUCCCAUGCACUCAGAUACGAAUGCAGGCAAUUAAUCUAACUUAUAACGGUGGAGAAGCAAAGACUUCUUGCAUCAAUGCUUCCGGUAAGCAACUUGGUUUGGUUAUACCCAACGGAUGUCUCUGAUCGGACUCUAUUCGUUUUUCUUG